GUUCACACCGGAUUCCGGACCGGCAAAAUUCCGUCUGCCGGGCCGGAAAAAUGGCCAAUUCCGUGCCGGAAAAUUGAAAACUGGUGUGAACCGGCAAAUCUGGCAACUUCUUUUGACCGGUCCGGCAGGCCGGAGAGCCAGAUUUUCCGGUCCGGCAAAAAGUUGAAAUCAUCUCAACUUUUGCCUUGCCGGAUAGCCACCGUUUGUGAUAUGAAAUUAAGGCACGAGGGAAAUAAUGUUAUGUUUCAGCGCUACAGGACCAAUUUAACCAACGGUGCCCUAAUAGUCUCGCGAUUUUUCACGAGAAUAUAAAAUUCAAGCGUAAAUUUGACGGCGUUUCAUUUUUAUUUCAAAACAUUUGCAUCUCAAACGGAGUGAUAGCUACAUUUCUGUUUUUGUAUUUCACAUGUCUCAUGGCCUUUUCAAAUUAUAAAUUAAUUUCAUUGGUUGGAAAAUAUCCAUGACUUUAUAAUAAAAAAGAUAAAUAUUAUAAGGAAGCGGUGAAAAGGGCGAAUUUGUGGAACAACAUUGCGGACGCGCUGGUUGUGGAAGGAGCGGAGCCAGUAUCUGCAGAAGAGAUUAUCAAGCGCUGGAGCCGGCCGCAGGACAGGUAGCACAAUUUACGUAUUGCUAACUUCCGUCGUCUACGAAGUGGAGCCAGCCGAGCAGAUUCUGAAAUCUACAUUCUACAAGACGCGCUGACAACACUUCUCUGCCCUCGAUGCCCUCCUACACAAGCACAUAGCAGCUCGGGAGGGUGGAGGCAGUUUUGCCAUUCAAUCGCAAGUAGAAGAUUCAGGAAAUACGAUGGGGCGCCACCUUCUCCGGUGAGCGGUUGAAGGUUCUCUCCGGCUGCGGCGAGAUCAUACGAGCCGACAGACGGGACGCGUGCGGAGCCGACCGGAGAGUCGGAGUCAGCACCCACCGAGUCAGAGUCAGGCUCACACCAGCGAGCACAGUCCGAGUCAGCAGAGUCGGCAAUCACACCGGCAGUAUGCAGUACAACAUAUUCCAGUUGAUGGAUGCGGAGGGUAAGAGGAGGCACAAAGGAGGCUGCCAUUGCGGCCAGGUGCGGUACGAGGUCAUCGCGCCGGCCCAGGUCACUGCCGUCGAGUGUAGCUGCGAGUCGUGCUCCAAGCGGCAGGCUCGCUACUUCCCCGUGCCGGCCGAUCAGUUUCGGCUGGUGCAGGGUCACGGUCACCUGAGUACAUUCGGCGCCGGCACCGCGCGGCACAGCUUCUGCAGCACGUGCGGCGUCCAGAGCUUCUUCAUACCGGCCGGAGGAGACAACAACGUGGUCGGAGUCAUGCCCCACUGCCUCGACCCCGGAACUAUGAAGAAGGUGAAAACGGAACGCCGGGACGCCAGCAAGUCGCCGCCGCUGUCCCGCGCCGCCAAAUGAAGGCUGCCAGCGAGCUGACUCACGCCCUCGUGCUUUCCGCGCCCUGCUGACCUCUGAUGUAUCGUAAAUCGGGAGCUGGAGUGUAUUGUAAUGUAAUAUAUUGAUAUUCGACGAAG